AUGCCAUCCCCUUCCUUCCCUACUCUUCCCACUCCUUCAUCCCACUCAUUGCUCCAUCCAUCCACCCAUCCAUUCGCACAACUCCCCAAUCACUCCACCGACAUGUACAACGUCACGGCGGCCGAGCGGCGCGCGCUCGACGAUCAGCUCCGCACUCACUACUUCGGUAUCGAGAUCCUCACCGGCCACGCCAAUGCCCGCCGCUGGGCCGAUCAACUUGAUCGUUGGCUGAGGGCCAAAGGACAGGGCGCCAGCACCAUGUUCGGACACUAUGUCGAGCCGUUCCGCCGCGACUACGAGACGGCCCCUGAUGACCUCAAGAGCCUCAUCCGCCCGCCUGGCAGCCGCGCAGGCGAUUGCGAACCCCGCGGCCCCCAGAUCGACCCCUCUUACAUCCCCUCUGGGACGGGCUCCGCGCACGCUUUCCCCCGCGACAUCGCCUGGACGGCCGUCUCUUCCACCGCAACUGAGACUGGCGGCGCGACCGCGUCUUCCUCGGCGACUCCUCCUGCCACCAGGGCCGCAGCAGCUCGCCGCGACCAGCCUCCCCACCAAACCGACUCCCAGUCGGAAGGGGGAACGCCCCGCCAGCAACCCCAACAGCUGAUACGCCUCGGAUCCUCUCUGCGUAUCCCUAGCCAUAGUCGAAGCUCAGGUCACUUGGCUCGUCACGAAUAA